AUGGUGACCUCGACGACGUUCUAUAGGGCUGUAUGCAUCUCAUAUCCAGAUCUCAUUUCUUCGCCGUUAGAGUUGCAAGCUUCAAUUGAGAAAGCCUUUGGAUCAGAUCCCUCGUCGCUGGGUAUCAUUGUUGUCACCGGACUACCGCCAGUAUACGCUGAAUUGCGUGAACGGCUCCUCAAGCUCGCGUAUUAUUUCAGUGAACUAGAUAAUACUACGCGGGAGAAGUAUACCGAUGCCUCGAGUCGAUAUAGUUUUGGGUGGUCCCAUGGAAAGGAGAUCAUGAAUGGAAAACCAGACUUCUUGAAAGGAUCGUUCUACGCCAAUCCCGUUAUAGAUGCUCCCUCUGUUUUUGAACAAUAUAGAACCUCUUACCCCGAAUACUAUGGCAAUAACAUCUGGCCAGAUACCGAGGAACCUGGGGUGGAGGGAUUCGAGCAAGCAUUCAAGAACCUUGGCCAGAGAAAUCAUUCAGCGUUGAAACAGUUCUCGAAUUCGAACAUAUCUCUCCCUACGCUAAUCAGCACAUCCGAAACCACAAAGGCACGGCUGCUCCACUAUUUCCCGCCUUCAGAUGAUGCCUCCGUAUCCCAUACAGAGGACGAACCAAUUGAUAGUUGGUGCGGUUUUCACUUAGAUCAUUCUUUGUUGACUGGAUUGUGCUCGGCCAUGUAUCUUGAAAAAACUGAUUCGGCAACGGAACCAAAUGUAGUCCCUUCGCCGUCGCCUUCGUCUGGAUUAUAUAUACGAACUCGAGGAGGCGAUCUGACCAAAGUAUCGAUUCCUGUGGAUUCUUUGGCUUUCCAGACCGGAGAAGCUCUAGAAGUCGCAACUGGUGGAAAAUUACGUGCUACCCCUCAUUGUGUACGGGUCGGUGGUUCUCCUGGUGUAGGCAAGGUCUCAAGGGAGACUUUCGCUCUCUUCAUGCAGCCCAAUGUUGAUCAGCAACUUUCCCCUGAUAUCACAUUUGGGCAAUUCAGCAAACGCGUGUUCGAGGAGCAUUACAGUACCUGA